AAGCCUGUUCUAACGAGUUCAAAAAAGCGCACGCAGGUAGGGCGUGGCGAGGCGCGUCUUUUUCCUGCACAGUGUUUUUGAAUCAUCACUCCUGAUUAGACUUUACAGACCAGCCGCACUGAGGAGCAGCAUUGGGCCACGCUCGGAUCACUCAGAGGGCAAGAUGACUUCAUACACGUGGAUUUUACUUAUUCUGGCAAGUCUUGUGGCAACAAGAGCGCAAGAUUUUGACCUCGGUGAUGCUUUUGGUGAUGUUGUCAAGCCCACUCCGAAGCCAACAGUGAAACCAGCCCCACCGAAAAACCCAGAUUCAGGAUUUGAUAUUUCAGAUGCCUUCGAUUUUGACCCUAAAAAACCUGAAGUGGUUCCCCCCAAAAAAGAAGAUGAUAAAAAGAAACCAUCUGAAGGUGAAUUCGAUCUGUCUGAUGCAUUUGGUCCAGAUACUGAGCCCAAAAAGCCUGUGGUCCCACCCAAAGAGAGAGGAACUGGUGGUGGAGAAUUUUUGAUGACAAAGACCUCUUUGAAGUGAAUGAAGGGGGGUGAAAUACAAGCCCGAUGGAGGCCGAGUGGAGGG